GUCUGAAUGGUCUUGCUCCUCUUUCUGACUUGCCUGGUUUUCUCCUACCUGACGUUCUCCUGGCUGAAAAUCUGGGGGAAGAUGACAGACUCUAAGGCGCUCACCAACAGUAAGGUGGAAGCGAGCCUCCUUUCAAGCGAGGAGUCCUUCCCAGGCUUGGACAAGUCAGAGGAGCCGCUGCAAAAACAUGGCAACUGCCGCUCCCCGUCAAAGACUCCUGACCAGGAGGAGCUGGCCUCCCACAGAGGUCCCAGUGCUGCCAGUGAGCAGAGGAACUCCCCACCACCCUCACACCGGAAGCCUCCGAGGAACCCACUAUCUUCCAAUGAUACCUGGCCCUCCCCAGAUCUCCAAACCAACUGUAGAGCGGCCCAAGGCCCAGAGAGUCCAGAUGCUAAUGGUUUGUCCUUCCCAGCCAGGCUUCCAGGCCAGCAAGCCAUGCCCCCGUCCCGAGAGGACGAGAAGCAGGCUCGCAUCAAGAGGCAGCUGAUGACCAACUUUAUCCUGGGCUCCUUCGAUGACAACUCCUCUGAUGAGGACCCUAGUGCUGGCUCCUUCAAGGACACAUCCAGGAAGGGCAGCAGGGCUAGCCUGGGCACCCUGUCCCCGGAGGUUGCACUGAACACAAGUGAUCCUGAGUCCCACACGCCCACUAUGAGGCCCAGCAUGUCUGGACUCCACCUGGUGAAAAGAGGCCAUGAACACAAGAGACUGGACCUGCACAGAGACUUCACUGUCGCUUCCCCAGCCGAGUUUGUCACCCGCUUCGGAGGCAAUCGGGUCAUCGAGAAGGUGCUCAUCGCCAACAAUGGCAUCGCAGCGGUCAAGUGUAUGCGCUCCAUCCGCCGCUGGGCCUAUGAGAUGUUCCGCAACGAACGCGCCAUCCGCUUCGUCGUCAUGGUGACGCCUGAGGACCUUAAGGCCAACGCAGAGUACAUCAAGAUGGCGGAUCAGUACGUUCCUGUCCCGGGAGGACCCAACAACAACAACUACGCCAACGUGGAGCUGAUCAUAGACAUCGCCAAGCGAAUCCCUGUGCAGGCCGUGUGGGCUGGCUGGGGUCACGCUUCGGAGAACCCCAAACUUCCGGAGCUGCUGUGCAAGCACGAGAUUGCUUUCCUAGGUCCCCCCAGUGAGGCUAUGUGGGCCCUGGGAGACAAGAUUGCCUCCACCAUCGUAGCCCAGACGUUGCAGAUCCCAACCCUGCCCUGGAGUGGAAGUGGUCUCACAGUGGAGUGGACAGAGGACAGCCGGCAGCAGGGCAAAUGCAUCAGUGUCCCAGAAGAUGUUUAUGAGCGGGGCUGCGUCAAAGAUGUGGAUGAAGGCUUGGAGGCAGCAGCGAAAAUCGGGUUUCCUUUGAUGAUCAAAGCUUCGGAGGGUGGAGGAGGGAAAGGAAUCCGCAAGGCUGAGAGUGCAGAGGACUUCCCGAUGCUUUUCAGACAGGUGCAGAGUGAGAUCCCGGGCUCGCCCAUCUUUCUCAUGAAGCUGGCCCAGAACGCACGGCACCUGGAGGUCCAGGUGUUGGCAGAUCAGUAUGGAAACGCCGUGUCACUGUUCGGACGAGACUGUUCUAUCCAGAGGCGGCACCAGAAGAUCAUUGAGGAGGCGCCGGCCACCAUCGCUGCCCCUGCAGUGUUUGAGUUCAUGGAACAGUGUGCUGUUCUCCUGGCCAAGACGGUGGGUUACGUGAGUGCCGGGACUGUGGAAUACCUGUACAGCCAGGAUGGCAGCUUCCACUUCUUGGAGUUGAACCCACGCUUGCAGGUGGAGCAUCCGUGCACUGAAAUGAUCGCAGAUGUCAACUUGCCGGCUGCACAGCUGCAGAUUGCCAUGGGUGUGCCCCUGCACCGGCUGAAGGACAUACGGCUUCUGUAUGGAGAGUCCCCCUGGGGAGUGAUCCCCAUCUCUUUUGAGACCCCUUUAAGCCCUCCCAUUGCCCGAGGUCACGUCAUUGCGGCCAGGAUCACCAGUGAGAACCCGGAUGAGGCAAGUGUGGGCCCCGUGGUUCCUCCAACUGUAGACUCACAGCGGAAGGGCUUUAAGCCAAGUUCGGGGACGGUCCAGGAGCUGAACUUCCGCAGCAACAGGAAUGUGUGGGGCUACUUCAGCGUGGCUGCUGCUGGAGGCUUGCACGAGUUCGCUGAUUCCCAGUUUGGACACUGCUUCUCCUGGGGCGAGAACCGUGAAGAGGCCAUCUCGAACAUGGUGAUGGCUUUGAAGGAGCUGUCCAUCCGGGGUGACUUCCGGACCACUGUGGAAUAUCUCGUUAACCUCCUGGAGACCGAGAGCUUCCAGAACAACGACAUCGACACGGGUUGGCUGGACCACCUCAUCGCUCAGAGGGUACAGGCAGAGAAGCCAGACAUCAUGCUCGGAGUGGUGUGUGGGGCCUUGAACGUGGCAGAUGCGAUGUUCAGAACCUGCAUGACCGAAUUCUUGCACUCCUUAGAGAGGGGUCAGGUCCUCCCUGCUGACUCCCUGCUGAACAUCGUGGACGUCGAGCUGAUUUACGGAGGCGUCAAGUACAUUCUCAAGGUUGCCCGGCAGUCUCUGACGAUGUUCAUUCUCAUCAUGAACGGGUGCCACAUUGAGAUUGAUGCCCACCGGCUGAACGACGGGGGGCUGCUUCUGUCCUACGACGGCAGCAGCUACACCACCUACAUGAAGGAAGAGGUGGACAGUUACCGGAUCACUAUCGGCAAUAAGACGUGUGUGUUUGAAAAGGAGAGCGACCCCACAGUCCUGAGAUCCCCCUCGGCUGGGAAGUUGACACAGUACACCGUGGAGGACGGAGAGCACGUUGAAGCUGGGAGCAGCUACGCCGAGAUGGAGGUGAUGAAGAUGAUCAUGACGCUGAGUGUGCAGGAGAGCGGCCGGGUGAGGUACAUCAAGCGCCCGGGGGUGAUCCUGGAGGCCGGCUGCGUGGUGGCGAGGCUAGAACUGGACGAUGCUUCAAAAGUGCACGCGGCACAGCCGUUCACAGGGGAGCUCCCUGCCCAGCAGACUCUGCCCAUCCUUGGGGAGAAACUACAUCAAGUGUUCCACGGUGUCCUGGAAAAUCUAACCAAUGUCAUGAGUGGCUACUGCCUGCCAGAGCCUUUCUUCAGCAUAAAGCUGAAGGAGUGGGUCCAGAAGCUCAUGAUGACACUCCGGCACCCGUCUCUGCCUCUUCUGGAGCUGCAGGAGAUCAUGACCAGUGUGGCAGGCCGCAUCCCCGCACCCGUGGAGAAGGCAGUCCGCAGGGUGAUGGCCCAGUAUGCCGGCAACAUUACUUCAGUGCUCUGCCAGUUCCCCAGCCAGCAGUGCUGGGCCUCAGGCAUGCUAGGCAAGCACUCUCCCACUGAGCUACAUCCCGAGCUCCUGAAGAUAGCCACCAUCCUGGACUGCCAUGCCGCCACCCUGCAGCGGAAGGCGGACCGCGAGGUCUUCUUUAUGAACACACAAAGCAUCGUGCAGCUGGUGCAGAGAUACCGCAGCGGGACCCGCGGCUACAUGAAGGCUGUGGUGCUGGAUCUCCUGAGGAGAUACCUGAACGUGGAGCAUCACUUCCAGCAAGCCCACUAUGACAAGUGCGUGAUCAACCUGAGGGAGCAGUACAAACCGGACAUGACCCAGGUGCUGGACUGCAUCUUCUCCCACUCGCAGGUGGCCAAGAAGAACCAACUGGUCAUCCUGCUGAUCGAUGAGCUCUGUGGCCCAGACCCUGCCCUGUCAGACGAGCUGACUUCCAUCCUCAGUGAGCUCACACAGCUGAGCAGGAGCGAGCACUGCAAGGUGGCCCUCAGAGCCAGGCAGGUCCUGAUCGCCUCCCAUCUCCCCUCCUAUGAGCUGCGGCACAACCAGGUGGAAUCCAUCUUCCUCUCUGCCAUCGACAUGUAUGGCCACCAGUUCUGCCCAGAAAACCUCAAGAAACUAAUACUUUCGGAAACAACUAUAUUCGACGUCCUGCCCACUUUCUUCUACCACGCUAACAAGGUCGUCUGCAUGGCGUCCCUGGAGGUUUAUGUGCGGAGAGGCUACAUCGCCUAUGAGCUAAACAGCCUGCAGCACUGGGAGCUCCCAGACGGCACCUGUGUGGUGGAGUUCCAGUUCAUGCUACCGUCUUCCCACCCCAACCGGAUGGCCAUGCCCAUCAGCGUCUCGAACCCUGACCUGCUGAGGCACAGCAAGGAGCUCUUCAUGGACAGCGGCUUCUCCCCGCUGUGCCAACGCAUGGGGGCCAUGGUCGCCUUCAGGAGAUUUGAAGAAUUCACCAGGAACUUUGAUGAGGUCAUCUCCUGCUUUGCCAGUGUGCCUACAGACACUCCCCUCUUCAGUAAGGCCUGCACCUCCCUGUACUCAGAGGACGAUGGCAAGAACCUUCUAGAAGAACCCAUCCACAUCCUGAAUGUGGCCAUCCAGUGUGCCGACCACCCUGAGGACGAGGCGUUGGUGCCAGUCUUCCGUGCCUUCGUACAGUCCAAGAGGCGCAUCCUUGUGGACUACGGACUGCGAAGAAUCACAUUCCUUAUUGCCCAAGAGAGAGAAUUUCCCAAGUUCUUCACAUUCAGAGCGAGAGAUGAGUUUGCAGAAGACCGAAUUUAUCGCCACUUGGAGCCCGCCCUGGCUUUCCAGCUGGAGCUGAGCAGGAUGCGCAACUUCGACCUGACUGCUGUGCCCUGUGCCAACCAUAAGAUGCAUCUUUACCUGGGAGCCGCCAAGGUGAAGGGAGGACUGGAGGUGACUGACCACAGGUUUUUUAUCAGAGCCAUCAUUCGGCACUCAGACCUGAUCACCAAGGAAGCCUCCUUCGAGUAUUUGCAGAAUGAGGGCGAGCGGCUGCUCCUGGAAGCCAUGGACGAGCUGGAGGUGGCGUUCAACAACACCAGCGUGCGCACUGACUGCAACCACAUCUUUCUCAACUUUGUGCCCACCGUCAUCAUGGACCCGCUCAAGAUCGAGGAGUCAGUGCGUGCCAUGGUCAUGCGCUACGGCAGCCGGCUGUGGAAGCUCCGUGUGCUGCAGGCGGAGGUAAAGAUCAACAUCCGCCACACAACCACGGACAGCGCUAUCCCCAUCCGCCUGUUCAUCACCAACGAGUCUGGCUACUACCUGGACAUCAGCCUCUAUAAGGAAGUGACCGACUCCAGGUCCGGAAACAUUAUGUUUCACUCCUUCGGCAACAAGCAAGGGAGUCUGCACGGGAUGCUGAUCAACACGCCAUAUGUCACCAAGGACCUGCUCCAGGCCAAGCGGUUCCAGGCGCAGUCCCUGGGGACCACCUACGUGUAUGACUUCCCAGAGAUGUUCCGGCAGGCUCUCUUUAAACUGUGGGGCUCCCCAGAAAAAUACCCCAAAGAUAUCCUGACGUACACAGAGCUGGUUUUGGACUCACAGGACCAGCUGGUGGAGAUGAACCGGCUUCCUGGUGGGAAUGAGGUGGGCAUGGUGGCCUUCAAAAUGAGGUUUAAGACCCCGGAGUAUCCAGAAGGGCGGGACGUCAUUGUCAUCAGCAACGAUAUCACCUUCCAAAUCGGCUCUUUCGGCCUAGGGGAGGACUUCCUGUACCUGCGGGCGUCUGAGAUGGCCCGGGCAGAGGGUAUACCCCAGAUCUACCUGGCAGCCAACAGUGGGGCUCGCAUGGGCUUGGCCGAGGAAGUCAAACAGAUAUUCCAAGUGGCUUGGGUGGACCCGGAGGACCCACACAAAGGAUUUAGGUACCUGUACCUGACGCCCCAAGACUACACCCAGAUCAGCUCCAAGAACUCUGUGCACUGCAGGCACAUCGAGGAUGAAGGCGAGUCCAGGUAUGUCAUCGUGGACAUCCUCGGGAAGGACAAUAGCCUGGGUGUGGAGAACUUGAGGGGCUCAGGCAUGAUUGCUGGAGAGGCCUCCCUGGCCUAUGAGGAAAUCGUCACCAUCAGUAUGGUGACCUGCCGUGCCCUGGGAAUUGGGGCUUACCUGGUGAGGCUUGGCCAGCGGGUGAUUCAAGUGGAAAACUCUCACAUCAUCCUUACUGGAGCCAGUGCUCUCAACAAGGUCCUGGGAAGAGAGGUCUACACAUCCAACAACCAGCUGGGCGGCGUGCAGAUCAUGCACACCAACGGGGUCUCCCAUGUCACCGUGCCAGACGACUUUGAAGGAGUUUGCACCAUUCUGGAAUGGCUGUCGUACAUACCGAAGGACAAUCACAGCCCAGUCCCCAUCAUCACUCCCACGGACCCCAUCGACAGGGAAAUUGAAUUUGUCCCAUCCAAAGCUCCUUACGACCCUAGGUGGCUGCUCGCGGGGAGGCCUCAUCCAACUCUGAAGGGAGCCUGGCAGAGUGGGUUCUUCGACCACGGCAGUUUCAUGGAGAUCAUGGCACCCUGGGCCCAGACCGUGGUGACUGGACGAGCAAGGCUGGGGGGCAUCCCUGUGGGAGUGAUUGCCGUGGAGACUCGGACCGUGGAGGUGGCCGUCCCUGCUGACCCUGCCAACUUGGAUUCUGAGGCCAAGAUCAUCCAGCAGGCGGGCCAGGUGUGGUUCCCGGACUCUGCCUACAAGACUGCGCAGGUCAUCAGAGACUUCAACCAGGAGCAUCUGCCCCUCAUGAUUUUUGCCAACUGGAGAGGCUUCUCCGGUGGCAUGAAGGACAUGUAUGAGCAGAUGCUGAAGUUUGGAGCUUACAUCGUGGACGGCCUCCGGCUCUUCAAGCAGCCAAUUCUCAUCUACAUCCCCCCCUGCGCCGAGCUCCGCGGAGGCUCCUGGGUGGUCCUGGACUCCACCAUCAACCCCCUGUGCAUAGAGAUGUACGCCGACAGAGAGAGCAGAGGAGGUGUUCUGGAGCCAGAGGGUACCGUGGAGAUUAAGUUCCGGAAGAAAGAUCUGGUGAAGACCAUGAGAAGGAUAGACCCGGUGUGCAAGAAGCUUGUGGGACAGCUGGGGACAGCCCAGCUCCCUGACAGGGACCGCAGGGAGCUGGAGGGCCAGCUGAAGGCCAGGGAGGACAUGCUGCUCCCUGUCUACCACCAGGUGGCAGUGCAGUUCGCCGACCUGCACGACACCCCAGGCCACAUGCUGGAGAAAGGAAUCAUUUCUGAUGUGCUAGAGUGGAAGACCGCACGUACCUUCUUCUACUGGCGGCUGCGCCGGCUGCUUCUGGAAGCCCAGGUGAAGCAGGAGAUUCUCCGAGCCAGCCCGGAGCUGAGCCAUGAGCACACGCAAUCCAUGCUGCGACGCUGGUUUGUGGAGACGGAGGGUGCGGUCAAGGCCUACCUGUGGGACAGCAACCCGGUUGUGGUCCAGUGGCUGGAACAGCACUGGUCAGCCAGAGACAGCCCGCGUUCCACCAUCCGAGAGAACAUCAAUUACCUGAAGCGAGACUCUGUCCUCAAGACCAUCCAAAGUCUGGUUCAAGAACACCCAGAGGUGACUAUGGACUGCGUGGCGUACCUGAGCCAGCACCUCACCCCGGCUGAGCGGAUACAGGUGGUUCAGCUGCUGUCUACCACAGAAAACCCAGCUUCCCCCUGAGCAACUCUGGCCAUCCCCAAGACCCUGGACCCCGGAACGGCCACGCGGCAGCCCUUCGCGGGACUCGGGCUUGUUUUGGGGACGUUCACAAAGCCAUCCUGAGCACUCCAAAUGAGCUGCUAUUCUUGACCAGCGUCUUCCUUGACAAAAGGCCACUGUGACCCUUGCCAGGCCGGCAUGACAUCCUCUCACCCGAGGCCUUCAGGGUUUGU